AUGGCGGAAGCUCUCGGCGUUGUUGCCAGUGGUAUCGCGGUAACCCAACUUGCUACUCAGGUCGCAAGCAGCGUCAUCAAGCUGAAGAAUUGUUGGGAGCAGAUCAAGAACGUUCCGACGGAAAUUAGUUACCUCCUUCGCGAAAUCGAUUCUCUGAAACUCAUCUUGUGCCAUAUCCAGGACGACCAAGCAAGCCUGUGGGAGCCAAACUCGGUAGGGAAUGGCGUUCAUUUGAGGCAAAGCUUGGAGUUGUGCAAACAAGGCUCUGCGGAGCUGGAAACCCUAGUUAAUGAGCUAGGUGCGAAAAUUGAAGGGAAGCACGGAUUGAAGAAGAAGCUGGGGUCUGCGAAAGUGGUGCUGAAGAACGAAGAAAUCAAGGUAUUGAAGAGGAGAUUGAAGAGUACAAUUCGACUAUUGUCUUUGUCGUAUCAAUGUCAUACUAGCGCGAUGAUACAGAUGCAGUCGGAGGUCAUAGUCACCAGAGUCGCGAACCAUAUCGCUUCUACUACUCUGAAGCCACGCGGAUCGGAUGAUACCGUCAUUGAGACCCCGACUCUGCAAGAUGUAUCGCAAACACAUAUGAUCGAUUUCAACCCAUACGAGUAUUGGACUGGCUCGCCGUCGUGGAUUUGCUACAUUGCGGGGAAUUUCGAGUAUCGUAAAAGCUAUCGCAAGCACAGAGGCAAGGAAGGAGACGAGCACUACGCAAGAUAUAUGCUUCCUCGGUGGCUUUCCGACAAAGUCUGGGAGUAUCGUGCCCACAACACGAAUUUUGGGUGGCGAAUUAAUUUACAGACGUGCCGCUAUCUAAGUGUCGACUCCCCCUUUUUCAAGGCCAUCCAUAAUAGAGAUUUAGUUAGCGUCCGAAACAUGUUAUCUACCCGCGAAGCUUUCGUCACAGACAGGAUAGAACACCGCUCAUAUCCCUUCAGAGACGAUCUUUGGGAUGGUUGGAAACGUUUUGUGGGUGGGCAGACUGCACUGCAUCUUGCCACUAAAUGGGGAGACCUGGAAAUGUCGCAACUGCUCCUCUCAGAAGGGGCGGAUCCUCUUGCCCUCGACGACGAAAACAAGUAG